UUAGACUACGUGUCUAAGAAGAGAUGUGUCGUUAGUUUCAGAAUCGGUUUUAAUAUUCACAUUACCUGGCUGGAAUAGGGACAUGAAUCGGACGCCAAAGAUGCUAAACAGCAAGGUGGCUGGCUACAGCAGCCUGAUAACGUUCGCGAUUCUGCUGAUUGCCUGGCUGGCCGGAUUUUCCUCUCGCCUGUUCGCCGUAAUCCGUUUCGAGUCGAUUAUCCAUGAGUUUGAUCCGUGGUUCAACUACCGGGCCACCGCCUAUAUGGUGGAGCACGGUUGGUACAAGUUUCUCAACUGGUUCGACGAGCGCGCCUGGUACCCGCUGGGUCGCAUCGUCGGUGGAACCGUGUACCCGGGCCUGAUGAUCACCUCGGGCGGCAUCCACUGGCUUCUGCACGUACUCAACAUCCCAGUGCACAUCCGCGACAUCUGCGUGUUCCUCGCACCGGUUUUCAGCGGUCUCACCUCCAUUUCCACAUAUCUGCUGACCAAGGAACUGUGGUCCUCUGGCGCCGGUCUAUUUGCUGCCAGCUUCAUCGCCAUUGUGCCCGGCUACAUCAGUCGCUCGGUGGCCGGAUCGUACGAUAAUGAGGGCAUUGCCAUAUUCGCCCUGCAGUUCACCUACUUCCUGUGGGUGCGCUCCGUGAAGACCGGUUCUGUGUUCUGGUCGGCCGGAGCUGCUCUGUCGUACUUCUACAUGGUCUCCGCCUGGGGUGGCUACGUGUUCAUCAUCAACCUGAUCCCGCUGCAUGUCUUCGUGCUGCUCAUAAUGGGCAGAUAUUCGCCGCGCCUGCUGACCAGCUACAGUACCUUCUACAUCCUGGGACUACUGUUCUCCAUGCAGAUCCCCUUCGUGGGAUUCCAGCCCAUACGCACCAGCGAGCACAUGGCUGCAUUGGGCGUGUUCGUUCUCCUGAUGGCCGUGGCAACCUUGCGUCACUUGCAGUCGGUUCUGUCGCGUAACGAGUUCCGCAAGCUGUUCAUCGUCGGUGGCCUACUGGUGGGUGUAGGUGUCUUCGUGGCCGUCGUGGUGCUCACGAUGCUGGGCGUCGUGGCCCCUUGGAGUGGACGCUUCUACUCGCUGUGGGACACUGGCUACGCCAAGAUCCACAUCCCGAUCAUUGCCUCCGUGUCGGAGCAUCAGCCCACCACCUGGUUCUCGUUCUUCUUCGACCUGCACAUACUGGUGUGCGCCUUCCCAGUCGGCGUCUGGUACUGCAUCAAGCAAAUCAACGAUGAGCGUGUUUUCGUGGUGCUGUACGCCAUUAGUGCGGUCUACUUUGCCGGAGUUAUGGUUCGUCUGAUGCUGACUCUUACGCCCGUUGUGUGUAUGUUGGCUGGCGUGGCUUUCUCGGGCCUGUUGGAGGUUUUCCUUCAAGAGGAUUCGUCGAAGCGAAUUGGCACGGCCAUACACACGGCCACCGAAGUGGAUGAGUCAGAAGAUUCCAUUGAAAAGAAAACUCUGUACGACAAGGCCGGGAAACUGAAGCACCGAACCAAACAUGAUGCCCAGCAGGACACUGGCAUCAGCUCGAACCUGAAAAGUAUUGUUAUUUUGGCCGUUCUCAUGCUGUUGAUGAUGUUCGCUGUUCACUGCACGUGGGUGACCAGCAAUGCCUACUCCAGUCCCUCCAUUGUGCUGGCUUUCCAUAAUAGCCAAGAUGGUUCCCGCAACAUAUUGGACGAUUUCAGGGAGGCUUACUACUGGCUGUCCCAGAACACCGCUGACGAUGCCCGUGUUAUGUCCUGGUGGGAUUAUGGCUAUCAGAUAGCAGGAAUGGCGAAUAGAACAACGUUAGUGGACAACAACACGUGGAAUAAUAGUCAUAUAGCACUGGUGGGCAAGGCAAUGUCUUCGACCGAGGAGAAAUCCUACGAAAUCAUGACAUCCCUGGACGUGGACUAUGUUCUGGUGAUCUUUGGCGGUGUUAUCGGGUAUUCGGGCGAUGACAUCAACAAGUUCCUGUGGAUGGUGCGCAUCGCCGAGGGCGAGCAUCCCAAGGAUAUCAAGGAGAGCGAUUAUUUCACCGACCGCGGUGAAUUCCGUGUGGAUGCGGAGGGUGCUCCAGCUUUACUGAACUGCCUUAUGUACAAAUUAAGCUACUACAGAUUCGGGGAACUGAAAUUGGACUAUAGAGGCCCAUCUGGAUAUGAUCGCACUCGCAACGCUGUGAUUGGCAACAAAGACUUUGAUCUUACCUAUCUGGAGGAAGCCUAUACCACAGAGCACUGGCUGGUGCGCAUCUAUAGGGUUAAGAAGCCGCACGAGUUUAACAGGCCAUCACUGAAAGCCAAGGAGAGAACGAUUCCACCAGCCAACUUGAUCUCCAGAAAGAACUCGAAACGUCGCAAGGGUUACAUACGAAACCGACCGGUUGUUGUUAAAGGAAAGCGAACCUUGAAAUAAACCAGAAUAUUUGUAUUUAUCUUUCACCCAUAUAUAAAAACAUGGUUAAAACACCUUUACACAUGGCACAACGUUUGGUGAAAGUGUAUUCCCCCAGAGCAUCCUCAUGUUGAGGGCUUUAACUGCCGCCCCUAAAUUAGAUCUGACCCUUUUCCAGACUCGUACGACACUACUUUUACCGGAUUGCAUUCCUGAUAUCCAAUCCGAAUCCGUUCCCUUUGAUUUAAUUGUUUCGCGGCGGCUCCUCCACCAUUCAUUGUCUUAAGCUAGCAAUUCAAUAAAGCAAGAGUGUACAUUUUUAAACCUAAAAA